AUGUCUACACCAAGCCAUGGCGCCAAGCCUUUUCCAGUCCCGAAUGCGACACCUUCUUAUUGGCGCAAAGAGGUUGGGUCUAUUGACAAUCAUCGGAGCACAGAAACGCUGCCUGCGACGUCUGAUGUUGUAAUUAUCGGUGCAGGAUAUGCUGGCGCGUCGAUCGCGCACCAUCUGAUCGAGGAGAGCGGGAAAUGUGGCGGUGCGGUUCCCUCAAUUGUUAUCUUGGAAGCGAGGGAGACUUGUUCGGGGGCGACGGGUCGAAAUGGUGGCCAUUUGAAGCCAGAUCCUAUAUCGAGAGCCGCCAACGUGCUCAAGACACAUGGCAAGGCUGUUGCUGAACACGUAGCUUCCUUUGAGGCGCGUCAAGUUAUCGAAGUCAGAGAGCUGGUUGAGCGUGAUCACGUGGAUUGUGACUUUGAAGAGACUAGGGUCACGGAUGUGUGCUUAUAUAAGAAUGGGAGGGAUAAGAUCAAGGCCGAUCUCGAUAGUCUUGUUGCUGCGGAUAUCUCCACUGUGAGGGAAAUCAAGUUCAGUAUUGAUAUCGAAGCUGAAGAGAGAUCUGGCGUUCGAGGAGCGUUAUCCUGUCAUACGUACCAUGCUGCUCGAUUAUGGCCUUACCGACUGGUAGUCCACUUACUCAAGAAAGCCAUAUCAAAUGGUGUCAAUUUGCAGACAUACACACCUGUCACAAGGGUUUCCCGAGAAUCUAUUUCCUCCGCCGACGGCUAUUGGAUUGUAGACACACCGCGCGGUUCUAUCACAGCCAAAACAGUGGUAUACGCGACAAAUGGCUACACCUCUGCCUUGGUACCCGAGAUGAAGGACAAGAUUGUCCCAGUCAGAGGCAUAGUAGCACAUCUUGUGGGCGCAAAUGCGCCCAAGAUGACCGACAGCUACAUGAUGCGCCUCUCCGAUUACGAAUACGACUACAUGAUUCCACGGCCAGACGGCAGCAUCAUCCUAGGCGGUGCAAAGCGGGACUUUUACAAGAACUUGCACGAGUGGUUUGACGUCUCUGACGAUAGCCAACUGAUAAAAGAUACGCGACGAUACUUUGACGGUUACAUGCAACGGCAUUUCUACGGGUGGGAGGAUAGCGGUGCCCGCACCGAGGAAAUAUGGACAGGUAUCAUGGGCUACUCCAACGAUGGCUUCCCUUAUGUGGGACCGGUGUGUGAUAGACCCGGUCAAUACUUAUGCGCGGGCUUCACUGGGCAUGGUAUGCCACAAAUUUUCCUUUCUGCAAAAGCUAUUGCUUCUAUGAUCGUCAAAAGAGAUGCAGAAGAUGUCGACUUGCCGUUGCCCUACCGCACCUCCCCCGAAAGGUGGUAUGAGCCCAAGGAACAUGCAGCUCUGAAGGCAUGGCAGACCUACACGGAAGGCGAAACUGCUAGGGCAAAACUGUGA